GCAAUUCCCGGCGCGGUUUCCUCAGGUCUGUCACCUCAGACCCGCAGACGGGAGGGAGGGACAACGGAGGGUUGGGGCCGAGCGUCCAGACCGGCGCUACCGUCGGGGCCACCUGCAGGUCGCAGUUGUUUGCUCUUUGGUCUCUCGCUGUCGAGGAGCGUCGUGGACGAGCUGCUGUCUCCGUCAACCUGGAAAGCGGAGCGUGCUGGUGUGGCGCCGAGCCGGGCGAGGUGGCACUUUUUCGUAUAAGGCUGCUUGUCUUGAAAGCAGUCCUGGCUUCUAAGACUGGCAUCCAAAUAAUUCUGGAAGAAGAGCUGACAGUCUGUGCACCCUAACAACCCUGGACAGAAACCAGCAUGUCUCAGGCCAGCAAGAGGAAGCAUGUGGUGCAGGAGGUGCUGGGGGAGCACAUGGUGCCUUCUGACCACCAGCAGAUAGUGAAAGUCCUCAGGACUCCUGGGAACAAUCUGCAUGAGGUGGAGACAGCACAGGGGCAGCGCUUCCUGGUGAGCAUGCCCUCCAAAUACCGCAAGAACAUCUGGAUCAAGAGAGGGGACUUCCUCAUUGUUGACCCUAUUGAAGAAGGAGAAAAAGUGAAGGCUGAGAUCUCUUUUGUGCUCUGCAAGAACCAUGUCCGCUCUCUACAGAAGGAGGGUCACUGGCCCGAGGCCUUCUCUGAGGUAGCUGAGAAACAGAACAAUAUGAACAGAGAGAGUCAGCCAGAACUCCCUGCUGAGCCACAGCUGUCAGGAGAAGGGUCCAGUUCUGAAGAUGAUUCUGACCUCUUUGUCAACACCAAUCACAGACAGUAUCAUGAGAGCGAGGAGGAGAGUGAAGAAGACGAGGAGGAGGAGGAGGAGGCAGCCUGAGCCCCAGGACCCACUUCUCUACUUGCUCAGGGACUACCCCUUGGCUUUUCUGGGCUUGGACAUUCCCAGGGUGCCCUGCAGAUCUUUUCCUUUGGAUGGGGACAAAGAUGGCCCCCUUCUGAACUGACCUAAAAGAAUUAAACCCCUGGUGGGUGAUGACUUACA